AUGUCGCUCCAAGUAAAUCUGUCCAGCCAGGACAUCGCGAAGGCGUACAACGACGUCCUGAACGCGAAUGGCAUCGACUGGGCGCUGUUCACGUAUGAGAAGGGCACGAAUGAUCUGAAGGUGCAGAGCACGGGGAGCGGGGGACUGGAGGAGCUGGAGGAGGAGUUCUCGGAUGGAAGGAUACAAUACGCGUUCGCCCGCGUCGUGGAUCCCAACAGCCAGCUCCCCAAGUUCGUACAGAUCAACUGGUGCGGAGAUGGCGUGCCCGAGGUCAAGAAGGGACUCUUCCACACGCACUCGAACGCCGUAUCGCGCUUCCUCCGCGGCGCGCAUGUCGUCCUGCAAGCUCGCAAUGAGUCCGAUGUCGCACCUUCCCUCAUAAUGCAGCGUGUUGAAGCUGCUUCCGGAGCGAAGUACUCCUCUCAUAAGGAGGCCCCGCGCAAGUUUGAGCCCAUCGCGCCUGUCGGGUCGUCCUACAAGCCCGUCGGCCGCCCGGAUAUCGCAGCCAUGAAAGCAGCGCCACCGCCCGCUCCUGCUGGCAAGCCAUCCCUCCCCACCACUGCCCGGCCUGCGGGAGCGGCAUCGUUAUACGGCCGCCCUGCCGCGGCAGGGCAGCAGAAGACUGGGUCCGCGCCUGAAGGGGCUUGGCCUGAGGAUAAGCCAAAGGCGCCUCCUGCAGCUGCUGCACCCCCUCCUCCGCCUGCUACGUCUCGCCCGGCGUUUAGCGCGGGUGCCGGGGCAGCCAGGCCGGCGUUCAGUGGCGCGAGCCCUGCGACUGCGUCGCGUCCGGCGUUCAGUGCGGCGCCAAGCCCAGCCAGCGCCACGCGCCCUGCAUUCAGCGCCGCUUCCCCCGCGGCUGCAUCACCAAGGCCCGCGUUCAGCGCGUCGCCCGCGUCGGCUUCGAGGCCUGCGUUCAGUGCUGCUACGCCACCGCCUGCCGCGCCUCGUUCGCCCCCGCCGGUCGUGUCCGCCACUGCGCCCACGAAGCCCGACCCCGAGGAUCGCAUCGCGCCCGUCGGCACCGCCUACACUCCUGUACAUCUUCCGGCGCCCAAGAAGCUUAAGAACCCCUUCGCCAAGUUCGAGGAGGAAGCCAAGUCCGUGCCGCCGCCGCCUACUCCUGCUGGUCGCGCCCCCGGUAAACUGACGUGGAGUGAAAGACAGGCGCAGGCGAAGAAGCAGCAGGAGGAAGAGGAGGCGAGGAGCAGGGCGGCCAGCGUUGGUGCCAGCCCGCCCGCGACCCCUGCUAAAAAGUGGGGCGCGGCGGCAGUUGGAGGGGCGGCGGCUGUGGGUGCGGGUGUGGGUGCUGCGGCGGCGGUCGCGGCGCAUCAUGAGCCGGAGCCGGAGCCGGAGCCUGAGGAGCAGGACUGGGAGCCAGAGCCCGAGGUGGCUGCGCCUCCCCCUCCGCCUCCUCCCCCGCCUCCCCCACCUGCGCCGGCGGCCCUGGAGCCCGAGCCUCAGUUCGAGGCGGCUGCUCCACCCCCGCCGCCUCCGCCGCCACCUCCUCCGCCCCCGCCUCCUGUGGCUCAGAUGGCUGCUCUAUCAGUUGCAGAGCCCGAGCCUGCUCCCGAGCCGGAGGCAGAAGCAGAGCCCGAGCCCGCCGCGCCGGCUGGUCAAUACGUCGGCGAGGGCAUUUGCGCAGUCGUGCUGUACGACUACGAGGCCACCGAGGAUAACGAGAUGAGCCUCCUCGAGGGCGAGCUCGUCCAGCAGAUCGAGGAGCUCGACGAGGGCUGGUGGAGCGGCAUCGGGCCCGGAGGCAAGACUGGCAUGUUCCCGGCGAACUAUGUGGAGAUUGUGGAAGCGACGCCGCCUGGCGCUGCUGAGCCUGAGCCUGAGGCGGCAGCUCCGCCCCCGCCACCGCCGCCUCCUCCGCCGCCACCGCCCCCUCCCGCUGCCCCUGCGGCGCCGCCGCGCCCGCCGACGCCGGAGCCGGAGCCAGAGCCGGCGACGGAUGAGGGUGUCGUUGCGAUUGCGUUAUACGACUAUGACGCCGCGGAGGACAACGAGCUCACCUUCCGAGAGGGAGACAAGAUUGUGGAGAUUGAGGCUGCGUCGGAUGACUGGUGGCAGGGUAAGGACGCGGCGGGUAACGUGGGGCUGUUCCCGGGUGAGUUUCGUGAAGUUGUGGUUAGAGACAGGUAG